AUGCAGAGCAGGACUGAUGCAGCCCACAGACCCACACAGACGGACGGAUCGCCUUCACAGAACAAAGCCGACAUAUGGAGACCGAUCAUCGCCUGCCGGGUGAGAAUGGGAACCCGGGACGGCGGCUUGAGGGAUGAGAAGGAGCAGUGGAGUGACGCAGGAGGUCAGGUGGGAGAACGCCUCACACAGAGCAGCGGAGAUGGACUGAGCGUGUCAGACAGAGAUGAUGUGGUCGUCGGUCUGGGAUAG